AUGCGGUUCAAACUGAACGCGGCGGCCUACACACGGGAGAUCUGCCCGUGCGACGGUCAACCGGUGGGAAACAACGGCGCGGCGAAAGUUCUCCAGACCACUCGUAUCAUCGAGUGGCUGAAGCAGGAGGAGCAGCUCAGGGAGAAGAAGGUCAGCGCCAACCCCAAGCUUUCGAAGGCCAAGCAGGUUCACAGCGGAGGGAAAGCUUGGACAGUCGACGCCGAACAAGCCCUUGUGGACUACAUCAACGAUCAGCGCAAGCAGCCCCGCCGUUGUGGUAAUCGGGAGGUGAUGGACAAGCUGCUCGAGAUGAAGCCUGACGCCCUUGGCGGGAUGCCGGCGAACGCGAAACCGGAGGAGGCGCUGGCUUUAAAGGUCAAAUUCAACUCCUGGUACCAACGGUUCCGCAAGCGGAAUGGGUUCAGCAUCCGCCGGCGUACCAGCGUGGGCCAGAAACUGCCGAAGGGGCACGAGGGUAUGGCGUGGGCGACGGUGAUGAAGCUGCGCGAGACUCUCUCAAAGCGCGCCGGUGAGAUCUACGCUCGGCGCCACCCGCCGGCACCUGACGAGAGUCCCAUCAAAGGGGUGGAUCUAACUUCCGAGCAGCUGGCGUCUGUGGAGGCGGAGGUGUUCGAGGAACUCGGCAACAUGGACCAGACGCAAGUCCAGCACGAGAUGCCGGUGGAGACCACUCUGGAGAAGACCGGUGCGAAGGACGCUCGCAGCAGCACAGGAGGCGAGGGCGAGCUAAUAUUUUUGUCAAAAUUUUGUGUGGAGGCGAGGGCGAGCUAA